AUGGCUAUAUUUUCAAGAAAGCCCAGGAAGGACCUUCACAAGGAGCAGAGUCGGGGUGAAACCCAAACGAGCGCAGUUCGUGAUGAUUCUGGUGAUUCAGACGAUUCGAAAAGUAUUGAAAAUGGUGAAAAUUCCAACGUUCAAGCGAAUGCUCGAGAUGCCUUCGACGAUGCCUCCUCCGUGAAUAGCGAGGAGACCGUCUUUAACAACGCGUUGAGGAAUAUGGGAUUACUAGGGGGACUGGCAAACCAGACGUUCUACACGCCUCCAGGAAGACGAUCAGAGCUUGAAAAUGUCAAUCCGAGUAAUUCUGACUCAGAGUCCGAGUCCGACUCCGACUCCAUGAACACAUUGCAUGAGCUCGUUGGCCCCAUUGAGACGCCUGUUCAGAUCGUCAUCCCCACAGUCUUCAACAGACCCGCGGAUUCCUUCAAUAUCGUCAGAAAUAUGCCUGUGGUAUCUGGGGCUUUCAAGAUCGGAGUAUUGGUAUUUGCAUCUGAAUUCUCGCUUUUCAAGUACAAGUCCUUGGAGAAGCUCAAGGCAAAGAGGAAGAAACCAGGCAACGAGGCGGAGAUCAAGUACAUCUCGAAAUCAGAUAUAGCGACGCCCCUGUUGCAUGCAAUUGUUCCAACGCUAUCAGUGGUGCGAAAGAACUGUCCUUACAUGAUUUUGUACAAGUUUUACGAAGAAAAGGAUAGGCUGGCCAUGGAACAGCUGAAGCUUUCCAACCCCACCGAAUACAAGGACUUCUACACUGACAAAUACGUGAUCUGCAAAGUGUAUAGCAAAUUCCUGAAAUGUGGAGUGAAAAGAUACGUCCUUGAAAUGUAUCCGAAGCCAAAUGAGAAAGGAGUCCAGGCCAAUUAUUCUUCCAAGAUCGUGAUGUUCACGCAUCGAGGAAAACCAUACACCGAUGUUCUGUAUAAGGGUACCAAAAUCCGGUGGCUAGGCACCUCGGUUAUCACAAGUCCUUACGCAAGCACUUCAUUCGAGAUGGUGAUCCAAAACAAGUCUCCAUCCGCUCAUCUUCAUGACGGUAUCACAGAUGACGACAAGCCCGAUCCCGCUAAUCCAUUGCUUCAUGACGAUACGACGGUUGGCGAUGUCGCUGCACCAAUCGAAUAUUGUCGCAAAUACAGGAAUUCUACGUUACCAAUUUUUGCACAGUACAAUGACUCACCGCACGAGUUGGCACUGAAGAAAUUUAGGAUCCAGGGAACCGUUGCGUGUUACGAGAGGAUGAAUAAUGCCAAUGCCGUGAGGGCUUUCAAGACCAUGAGAUACGUUACCAAUGACACCAUAAUUGUUACCAUCAUGGCUAUGGUGCUAAGAGAACAAGAAGGCAAAAAGAGUCACAAUGCGAUUUCAAAGAGAGCUCAACGAGUUGCCUUGGAACAUCCGUCGCAGGUUUACUAUUCGCCUUUCACUCCUACCAUGUAG